GUCUAAAUUGACCAUAAACCGGUCACACCACAAACAGUUAAACUGUUGUUGAUUAAUUUGGUUUCAAUUUUAAAUUCUUUUUUAGUUAAUUUUUUCUUUUAACUUUGUUCUGAAUCUUUUUUUAAAUAGUAACAAGGAGAAGAAGAACAACAACAACUACAACUACAUUAAUCAAACAAAAAUCAGACUAUGAAUAGUAAAAGACCAACUCCAAUCACUGUUGAUGUGUCAACAAUUAACAUCUCUGAUCCAAUUUAUGGUCCCCUUUAUGUGGAUAGUUCAAUAUAUUUAUUUUCCCGUGAAAGUGAUCAAGGUGAACCCGUGGAAAUAUUACCUCACCUUUAUCUCGGAAGUGGUUAUCAUGCAUCAUGUAAACGUAAUUUGGAAAAAUUAGGAAUCACUGCUCUUCUUAAUGUGUCUCAUAAUUGUCCGAAUCAUUUUGAAGAUACCUUCCAAUAUAAAUCAAUUCCUGUUCAAGAUUCAGGAUCCGAAGAGAUAAGCCUGUGGUUUGACGAAGCAAUUGAUUUUAUUGAUUCAAUCAAACAAUCUAACGGCAAAGUAUUGGUUCAUUGUCGAGCUGGAAUCAGUCGAUCAGCAACUAUAUGCAUGGCUUAUAUAAUGGCGACCAAAAAGUUACGAAUGGAAGAAUCCUAUGAAUUUGUUAAAUCCCGUCGGCGAAUCGUUUCUCCGAAUUUUAAUUUUUUGGGCCAAUUAUUGUGCUUUGAAGAUAAAUUAUUCAACAAUUCGAGUUCAGAUUCUUUUAGAGACAGUCCAGAUUCAAUGUGCCCCGAACCAAUUACAUCAACAACUUAACAAAGUUAAUACUUAUUCUUGUUCAAAAAAAGGUAAAAAAAAGGCGCAAGAGAAAUUAUCAAAUCUCAACGCAAAGUAAAUUGUUUACAUGAUUUAUCUUAUUUUCCUAUUUACUAUAAUUACUAUUGUAUCAUCUCUACCAUCGUCCACAUCCUCUUUCAUUAUCAUCAUCUUCAUCUUCAUCUUCAUCUCCAUCAUCAUUAUUACUAUUCAAUCAUAUCAAAAGAAAAAAAAAAUGAAUCAACAAAAACAAAACACACCUUUGAGAAAUAAUCUAUAACAAUUGUCUUAAGAACUGAAUUUAAAUUAAAAACCGAUUGUAAUUCAUCUUA